AUGCUUGGUGUGAACCAUUUUGGUGGAUUCGAUUGGGAACAGAUGGUUUACAUGUUUUCGUCUGGGCUGCUUCAGCGAAAGUAUCUAUGCGUGAAAGAAGCAGCAGCCCGUCCACUUGAAUUCACUCACCUGUUCGUUCACGACAUUGUCGCAAGCUUGAGAACGUUCUCGCCAUAUCCUAGUGGGUCACUCCAAACAGUCCACUCACUGCGGAAUUAUCCGAAGCGCAAAAAAAUAGAUUCCAUGGGAAGCGACGCGGAACAGUUCGUUGGAUUGUAUAACGGCUUCGGACGGAUUUGGCUGCAGAUAACGUCCCCUAUUGAUUGGGAUAACGCCAACUUCAUCAAGGAAUUUGCUUCGAGAGCUAAUGUAUGUUUUCCACGCUAG